AGCGUACUCAAAAAGCAAACCUCAAAAAACCAUUUUCCAUUCUCUCUCACCCCCAACACACAGAAAAUAAAUAUAUUACAAAAUUAAAUAAAAUUAAUUUCUCACAUUCAAAAAAAGGGAAAAUUUCACUGUGGUUCAAGUUCAGUUUUUCCUUUUACGUAGACGAGAAGUUUCUUCUUAAAAGGAGAAUACAUAACAUUUUUCAACUCGUCCGAAUCGGUCACUCUGAGUGGGGUUUUACUGCUUCAGCUACUGAGUCGAAUCGUUCUUCACUCUAUGUUUGUGUACCUGAGGUGCAUGUUGUUGAUAUUCCAUGGAAACAGUUGUUGGUAUUGAGGAUAAUGAUGAUGGGAAGCUUGAAGACAGUGGAGUUGAUAGAAGCAGUUCUGCUGUGUCUUCACCGAAGCAAAUUGCCAAUCCAGUUGUAUACAAGCUUGUUCGGAAAUGGCCUGCGAUCUCAACUACGAAUUAACAAAACACCUAACGGUUGAAGGUGAUGGGAGGUUAGUGCCUGCAACAGAUGAUGAAGUAAUGGAGGUGGAGGAUUUUCUUGAGUAUGAAAACAGUGAAAUGCGUGUUGUUGCGGACACUGGGCAGAGUUUGGAAUGCAUAUCAAUUGAAAGAUCAUCUUCUGGGAAGCUUCGUUUGGAGUGCUCAGAAGGCACUGCAGAGGCAGAUUUGGGGAAACUCAAUGCAAAGUUUCAGUACAUUGAGCAGAUGUUGCAAAAGGUCAAAGAAGAAGAGAAACUUCGCUUAUCAUGUGGAUCGCCUGUUCAUUCUCAUGUAAAUAUAGACAGCCAGUGUUCAGCUGAUAAAUUUCCUAUCAUGGAUGGGAAGGCUCAAUCUGAAACUCCGUACCAAGAAAUACCUUCUAUAGCUUCAAGUUUAAAUUAUAGUCAUAGUAAUCAAUCUGGGAGUAUUGAUCAGUGUUCCAGACCUUCAGAAGGGGUAAUAGAAAGUGGAUCUUCUGCUUCUGCUGUCUAUUAUAAUUUGAAGCCUGAUUUUUCAAUGGUAGAUGGAGAAAUAUGCUUGGAUAAGCUAUCAAUCAGAGAGCUUCAUGAACUGUUUAAGGUAACUUUUGGUCGGCAAACAACUGUUAAAGACAAACAGUGGCUGAAAAGGAGGAUUGCCAUGAGUUUAACUAACUCAUGCGAUGUUUCAGCGACAACUUUCAUUGUUAAAGAUAAUAAAAUUGUUAGAAAAUGUGAAGAAGACAGUUCCAAAAAUAUGAAUGCUGCAUCUUUAAUCUCUUCAGAAAAUAUGGCUGAGGAAGAGGAUGUCAACUUUAAUGAUUCAUCUGCUGUAAAGGGUUGUGGAAUUGAGGAUAACCUAGUUGUUUCUGAAACAAGACUGAGAAAUCACAACACGGAACAUGGAUUGGGACAUGAGAAUCAUCAGAUAGAAGAAAGAGCUGCAAAAAGAAUACGGAAGCCCACUAAGAGAUAUAUUGAAGAGCUCUCUGAACAUGAAUUUAGAGAGCACAGCCCGAGGUCAUUAAUUUCUAAUAAAAAUAUGGGACUUGGACAUGUUUCUCCAACUUCAUAUGUCAGGCCUUCUAGAAAUGCUUUUUCAGAUGGCAGAACAUUUAUCACCAGGUUAGAUUCACUUGGAGGUUCUGAUGUCCUAAUUCCUUGUGCUUCUCGGGAUCAAAGAAGUCGUCCAAGGAAAAAUAUCACCUCUCUUAUGAAAUUCCAUCCAACUGGCAUGGGUGAGGCUGCAAAAUUGGGUAAUAAGUUGCUGGGAGAGCAUGGUUUUGAUGCUGGUAGUGAGAUUCAGGACAAAGUCUUGAAGUCAAGAAUGCCUGCAAAGUUUCAUCAGCCAGUAAGACCAACUUAUCCUUUGCUAAUGGUAGAAAGGUCUGCUUGUGAACCUGCAAAAGAGACAAUUGAGCUUUGGCAGGAAUUGAGGCCAGAAAAGGCUGAUCCAUCUAGCCACACUUCUGAUGACAAUAUCGUUACUGUUCCCACUGCUAAAGGUGGAAUGAGGAGGAAGCAUCAUCGUGCAUGGACUCUUGUUGAGGUAAUGAAAUUGGUUGAAGGUGUGUCUCAGUGCGGACCAGGGAGGUGGUCUGAGAUUAAACGCCUCUCCUUUUCAUCACACUCAUAUCGUACUUCCGUUGAUCUUAAGGACAAGUGGAGGAAUUUGCUCAAAGCUAGCUUUGCAGAUGACGGGAUAAAUGCGCGGAAGCAUGGUACAGUUAUGAUUCCUGAGACAAUUUUAGUACGUGUAAGAGAGCUUGCAGAAAUGAAUUCUCAGGUGCCUCCAAGCAAAUUAACAGGUGGUGCAGGGAAUGUGCAUGGUGGAGAUAGAUCGGGGUACUUGUAAAUAAUACCAAAUUACUUAUCACCCAAUGCAACAAAAAUAAAUAACUAAGUUCUGCACUUUCUUAAACCGAUCCUUUCUUUUAUGCAUAGAAGAGUAGUUGCAAAUCUUGUAGACAGUUGAGAAAUUCGUUAGAUGUUUAAUGCACUCAAAACGUUGUUUACAAUCAUGUCACUUCUUCGUGAUAGCUAUUUUUAUGUUUGUAAAUUUUGUCUUAGUAAUAUACCUUGAUGUUAG